AUGACCCUUGGGCAACCUUGUACGGCAGGAACUGCGGUCUCCUUGCCUCUAAGCCCCAGCCUGCCUCGGACCCCACCCGGCCGAGGGAUCCCACCUCCUUGGUCACGGGGAGAAAGGGUCCGCUUCCCGGCCGCCAUCGGGGACCGACUCUGGGUGUCAAAAGCCGCAAAGGGCCUUCGGCCGCCGGCCCAGUCCUGGUCCCCAGCACGGGAGGAGGGCGCCCCCCAGCACGGGAGGAGGGCGCCCCCCAGCACGGGAGGAGGGCGCCCCCCAGCACGGGAGGAGGGCGCCGCCAGCACGGGAGGAGGGCGGCCCCCAACACGGGAGGAGGGCGCCCCCCAGCACGGGAGGAGGGCGCCCCCAGCACGGGAGGAGGGCGCCCCCCAGCACGGGAGGAGGGCGCCGCCAGCACGGGAGGAGGGCGCCCCCAGCACGGGAGGAGGGCGCCGCCAGCACGGGAGGAGGGCGCCCCCAGCACGGGAGGAGGGUGCCCCCAGCACGGGAGGAGGGCGCCCCCAGCACGGGAGGAGGGCGCCGCCAGCACGGGAGGAGGGCGCCCCCAGCACGGGAGGAGGGCGCCCCCAGCACGGGAGGAGGGCGCCCCCAGCACGGGAGGAGGGCGCCCCCCAGCACGGGAGGAGGGCGCCCCCAGCGAGGGCUCAGGCCCCGGGUCCUCGGCUACUCAAGGCCUGGACCGGCAGCUUCCCCGCGCCAAGCCUUCGGGUUCGGCUUAACGUCGGGAGUGACUGCGUCAACUUCCCAGGAAAGCGCGGCUUGCCCCUCCUCAGCAGCCCGAGUCCCGGCCUCCGGCCGCCUCUGGGCCCGUUUUCCUCAAUAAAGCGAGCCCUGCCCCGCGCGGGCCGCCCGGCUUUGCCAUCUGCGGCCCAGGGCUGCGUUCGGGCGCCGCUGACUGACUCACCCAUUCAUUCUUCGCCGCGGUGACCGCGUGACUCUCGGCACGUGAGGCCCCCCGCUCCGGCUCCCGGGCCUUUUCAGCUUUAUUCCCGUUUUUUCCUCACGCGAAGCCUUUUCUCCGGCCCAGCUGGCCCCGGGCACGCCCGGCCCCUCCUCCUCUCUCCCGCAUUGGGGGGGAAGGGGCCCGACCCCCGCGAGGGGAGCGCUCUCCCCACUCCCGCCCUAAGAAAGGUCCUCGCUGCCCCUUCUCCCGCAGGCCCUUCUGCCCCUGCGGCGGCGAGGUUCUCCUCCCCCGCUUCUCUCGGGGCGCUCCGGCUCAGACCGGCACCACAGUGCGCAGGAGGGGGCAGGGCGGCCCGCGGGCAGUGGGGGAGAGCGGCUCAUCUGGGGGUGGGCUCAACGCGGGGAAUCCCGGCUCCGGGAUCCACGACUGCGCCUGGGACCCCGACCGUGUGAGGAAGCCGACGGGAGACACGGCGGUUGGAUCAGAGGUUGGGAUCAGAGGAAGAGGAGCACUUGGGAUCAGAGGAAGAGGAGCACUUGGGAUCAGAGGAGAGGAGGAUCUGGGAUCAGAGGAAUAGGAGCACUUGGGAUCAGAGGAGAGGAGGAUCUGGGAUCAGAGGAAGAGGAGCACUUAGGAUCAGAG